GCUGUCACAGUGUAAGGUGAGCUUUAGGGACAAGAUGACAAUGAUCGGGAUGUGCACGGGUGAAGCCUAGGAGGGAAAUGCCAAGGAAGAACGGAUGGUGAAGGUAAGUACAGCAAAUUUGAAGCUUCUAUGUCGAAGUAUGCUCCUGCUCACGACCGUUAACCCGCAAACUCAUCUGUCUGCCCGCACGCGCGUCCACUCGCCCGUUCAUAUGCCCGUCCGCCAAUCCACAUGCCGCUCUCCCGCACGUUCGCCCGCUCGCCCAUACCCUUGCUUACCUAUCCUUGUGCCAGUGCUCAGCCGCUUGGACGCCCACUCGCCCGCGUGCUUGGUUGCCCGUGCGUUCGUGCACUGGCUUACUCGCGCGCACGCCCGCUCAUCUGCCCGUGCUCUCGCUCAUCUACUGCAAAUGUAUCCCCCGACUCGUUCGCCUACGCACUCGCUUGUCUGACACAGUGACAGCCCGCCUACUGUGCCACCUGCCUGCCUGCCCAUCUGACCGAUCACUCCCCUACUCCGGCGCUGCCAACUCAGUCGUAUGUGUGCCUGCAUAUCCGCGUGUCCACGUCUCCGCCUGCGCUCUCACUAAGCCACUCAUAGGGCUGAGACGAUGACGUCCGUCAAUCGCCUCGCUCAACCGCGUCUGCACUCUCGACCCCCGUCCUCGCUGCCAGUGCACUA